UUUGAAUUCGUUUUGUUAUUACUAGUAUUUUUGGUACUUGCUUGACCGAAUACAGUGUUUGUGUCCUAGUUCUGUCUCCGAAACUACCACAUUGGACUGAUAUGGUUCAAAUGAAAUGAGAGUGAACCUGAUUGGACUGAAACAUGAAGAUGAUUGAUCACGAAAAUCCAAAACUUCCAAAAGAUGCGAGUUCAAAAGUCAGAUGCCACCUAGCGACAAUAGGAAAAUGACUGACCGAGCGUACCUGCGAAUUAGUUGCAGCACUCAAAUAGAGAUGGCGCUGAUCUUGCUUCUGGUGUUGGCGGUCGGUGUUAGUGCUUCCACGCCUGGUGGAGAGGUGGCGCUGGCGAACGUUACGAGAUUCGCUACAGGAGAUGCCUUUGCCCUUGUCAGCUCGGACUGCGGAAUGACGCGCUGCAUGGAAGAGUCUCACGGCACCGCGCUGCCUAUGGGCGGCCAGGGUUGCGUGUGUCAGUGUAGCCCGGAGACCCCCGCGUUUCGAGAGGACCAGAGGACGUGUGUCGGGCAUAUAGACGAAUGCGUGAUGGCGAGCUUCGGGCGCGGAGCGACGAAGCCGCAGAUCCCGUUGGUAUUCCUGCCGAUGAAGGGUCAGAUCAUGUACCCGAGCAAAGAAAUUGUUUUUACAGACGUUGAGGACGCAGUGUGCGCAGUGACGAGUGCGCAGUACCUGUCUCCGUCCGGGUGGGUGACCCUGCGAGACCUGCUCGACAAUGAUGUGCCGUUUGGCCUGUAUCGGGAUGAGGGAAGCACGUUUCUGCAGUGGCGAGGCUCGACAACGCUUCACAACCGUCUUGAGGGCCGACUGGUGGCGGUUCACGUGCUGUGUUCAGCCCCGACGCCAACCCGUCUAGCUGCCUCCUGUGCAGCUUUCCGUGUGGCUGGUGCUUCACACAAUAUCGACGUACGUUCGAUCCCUUUCCAUGCCGGAGAAAUAGUAACAGCAGAACCAGCGACACAAAGCCAAGGUCUAAGCGUUCUGGAAUCCUUAGCCAUCGGAGUUUGUGUCCUAAUGCUGGUCUUCGUCUACGCAGCUGGGAUUGUCUUCUAUGUUCAUUAUAAGCAGAGGCAGAAGAGAAAGGAAAAGGACCCUGAGAUGAACUUCUCAUCGACCAUGUCCACGGAUAAUGGUUCUACGUUGGACUCUCGAAUAGGAUUGGAUAGUAUGAGAAUGAAAACAAAUCCCUUGAUGAAAUUGGAUGGAGAUUUCCUAAAUGACGCCGGACUCUCAGAUGUCAGUGAACGCACUGAAGAAACAAUGGAUUCAUAUACUUCAGAAAAGUUCCAGAAAAUGAAUCCUAACGUGGUAUCUGCGAUGGUCCACAAUAGUCGUAUGAAGAAGAAGCCUGCCCGGCCUUCAGUGAGAGCUGCAACCACACCAGAGCGUGUGACAGAAAGGUUGCAAAGACGUUCAGCAUCUCCGGAUACGUUUGAGCGAGCUCCGCAUUCGGACUUGUCAAUUGUGGACUACCGAGUGGAAAAUGCGGCGAACCAGCCGCCUCAAUCAAAUGGUGAACCGGCCAUUAGGAGAAAGUUAUACUUCAAUCCUGUGUUCUUUGAAACAGAACAUUUGAAGAAUCCGCCUCCAGCCGCUCUUGAAUUCCUUGAGAAAAUUCGAGAAGUCAUGUCCAUCGCCAAAGAGAAGAUGACAUCUAAAAGAUUUAUCCCGAUUUUGUCAGAUAUUCCAGAAGAAGAAUUGUAUCAUACUAUUGAUCUAGGUUGGGAUAUUCCAUGCGCUAGGCGUGGACGUCGAUUCAGUGCAAUAAGCUUGAAACGAGAAAAUAGUCGACGAGCCGUCCACUGUGGCGGAUGCCCAGGUUGCGACAGUAGUGAGAGAGACCAGAAAGCCAAAGUUGCUUUGGCUCGAUCUAACUCGUGUAAAACGUGUGUUAGUGAUGACUACAAACAGAAGAUUGUGCGGAAAUGGUUAGAUGAAGUACCUUUACCACCCAAUUCAACAAAAUCCAUUAAACCAGUUGCAGUAGCUAAAGUCAGUGGAACUCCGAGAUUAAGUGAACCUAAAACUCCUGAGCAGCCUCUUCAAAGCCCACAACCAAUCAUCAGGGUUGAGGUGCCUAAACCUAUCAAGAUCACGGAAACCAAUUUGAAGGAAGCUUUACAUUCUAUCCCCCAUGUACACUUAGACAGUAGAAAAGAAAUUAGACGGGGAUCUGAUCAAAAAACUACUAAAGGAGAUAAUGCGAAGGACAGUGCAAAAGAAGAACCAAAAACAAAGGCCCCAACUAUGGUUACACUUGAUAAACGAAGUCCAUCGAGUCACGCUACUCGACGUAUCCGGAAAAGAUUACCGCCACCUCCGCCACCUCCUGACAUGCCACCACCUGAGAUUCCGAAAACUGAAGAAGAACCUGUAGCCCCUGAAGUGAAAGCUAAAAUGCAAGCUGUUAUACAGGAAUUAAAUCAGUGUCGUCGAGGUGAACCCAAAGAACUAGAAGAGGUAAAAACUGAAACUAUUGCUCCCAUUGCUCCGAAAAUUGUUAUUCCUGUGCUAGCAGCUGACUCACAUUAUUUCAGUGACGAUAAUCUCUUAGAAUCAAGGCGACGUGAGCCAUUCAUAAAAUUUGACAGUUUAGAGCGCAACAAUUUAUUGAAAAAGAGGCGGUUCUCCUUAGCUUGCAGUCCUGAAAUAUCAAUGAAAAAUAUAACACCAUACCAGCAACAUAUACCGACACCUAAACAGAGAUUAUCACAAAGCUGGCGUGAUGUUAGAAAAGCGGUGGAUGGUUAUCAAGUAUCAAGUGCGGCUUCAGUUGAUUCUGAAUAUGAAAACCGAAGUUUACCAGUAAGUGAAGUAUUUAUAAAUACCAUGGAGCCUUUGUACAAUAACUUACCUAAACCUGGAGCACUAACUAUUCAAGUGAGUGGAUCUCCAGUGGAGAAGAGACGUAACCUAAAUGAUGACUUUGAUCCUGAUACACUGGACAGAAAGCCAAGGCGCGAUAUCAAGAAACGCGUGGACAAGAUUCUUCUAAAAUCUGGAGGCAGCUUUAAGCACAAAUUUACGGAGAUAGAUAGUAAAGAGAGCAAAUCUCCCGAUAUCGGGUUCACAAGAAAGAUUGGCAGUCUCAGGCAAAUCUAUGAAGCUAAAACAAAGGUACAAGAUGAAUCAUUACGCUUGUCAUUCUAUGAAAGGCGAGGUAGUGUACCUUAUAGAAGCGAAGAAGUGUCAAGAUUCGUAGCUGCUCUUAAGACUCCCGAUCUGAUAAGGCAAGUAAAUGUGCAAGAUGUUAGGCCACCGGUGCCACCAAAACAGCGGCAGAUAAAUCUUUCUCCUAAAUUCUCUACUCCAAACCGGGAAAGUCCGCCAGGGGAAAGACGAAGAGCUCUCGAAGAGAGGGAUCGAUUCCCUCCUUAUUCAAGAGCUGAGAACCUUAACGCCCGGCGAUCUGGACGUAGGCUACCUAGAACUAGAUCACGUCGAAGUGAUCUAAGAAAACUUUACAAAACCGAAGAUUCUGGAUACAUGAGUACAGACUCGAACGAAUCUAAGCGCAGAGCCAGAUACCUGUUGCAGCUGCGACCGCCAAAAACACUUGUACCUGAACACACAAUGAUGCCAUGUAUAACCGUAACUAAUAAGACACCAACUUUACAAAUCGAGUCUGAUACUGAUGACUUAGAGUCGCUUUGCGACGGUCGCAGUGAAUCUGGAGGAGAGAGUGUUGAGACAGAUUCAGUCUUCUUUGGUAACUUCGACGAAUCCAAGCAAAUGCUCGCUGAGUUAGGAAUGUACAGUUACGACGUUCAGAAAAGGAUACAAAGUCAAGAGCAGAUUGACUCUGGGUUCAUGGGUGAGACGAACAUAAUUUUAAGUGGAGACAGUGACUCGGAGCACAGAAGUGUCAUUUCGAUAAUAGCGGGUCGGGAUGGGCGCGCCUCGGCUGCCUCCAUUGCACAAUUAGAUGACCCCCCGUACGUUCACUCUGUUGAAUGUUAAACACAUCAGUGAUGACUAAAAUAUUGUAGGUUGCUGAUCUGUAGUUUCGACGUUGAGUUUACUAAUUCGUAAUAUUGGCGAAGUUUUAACCCAAUUGUAGAUUUUAUACUUAAUUGGUGUCAUAUAGAAAAAUUGUUUUCUUAGUUAAAAUAUUUGGAUUAGGAGUCCUUAUUCUUUACUGUGCAAUAACAUGUGACAAUCACAUACAUAAUACUCAAUGUCUAAAUGUAAAUAAUGUUUUAAGUGUCAAGUAUGAGAUUAUUUUUCUUAAGAUUGUCAUUAUUAUUUUAUAUUCAUCAUAUCAUUAUUUUUUGUUUCAUGAAGUUUGAUUUAUUGAUGUUUGCUUAGCAAAACUUAAAGUGCCUUGUAAAAGAAUAGAUAAAGACUUUACCUCAAUAUACGUACGUGGUUUGGAAGAAUUUACAAAAUAAUAAAAUAAAUUGUAUAAAUAUUAGUAUAUAAUCAUACAGCCCACCAUUGACGUAAUUGUAUGUGCUUGUUUAAACAUACUUAAUUAAAAUAGGUUGUAUCAUUGAAAUCAGAGUUUGUCAUAAAAUUAAUCAUAAAUAGUUUUCUUUAUUAAUGUUAAAUAUUUUGUUUACCUUAGUUUUCUAAUGUUGUUGAUGUAAAGUUGUAUAUUCAAUGACCGGCCGGUUGUGCAAUUAAAUUAUAUUUUAUAUCUAGAGGAUCCGGAUGGGAAACGUUUAGUGAAUUUAAAAAAUAUUAUGCAUCAUUAAUAACAUUUUUAUUUCAGUGCAAUAACUUAAAUUAAAUUUAAAACCAUUAUUCUUAAUUAUGUAAAAUAUUAUUUAAAUUCCCUUUUAAAGGAUUGUUUUUCGGUGUUUGGUUUGGAUUAGAGGCUCAAAUAUUUAUUGGAUUUAUUACGUUUAAACAGUUGUUAAUUAUUUAGGGAUAAAUAUGUAGGAUAGGGAAAUGAAUAUUUUCGUACUUUGUUUUUCUACAAAGCAAUUUAGAAAAUAUUGUUGUAUGAAUAAAUAGUUUAUUUUUA